UUCAUUUCCGACGACUCGCUCAAUCGGGCGUCUCGGCUUUGGGAAACUCGGCUGCUCGCGAGCCUGUCUUUUCUGUCUUCUCGCAACUUUUCUCUUCACGUUCACCGCCGAGGGUCUGCAUUUGCCAGGUCGACGACGCUUCGUUUUUCCACUAUCGACUAGAUGGAUUGGAAAAACUGACUGAUUGGAUAUCUCUCGCAACUCUCUACCACCGACCUAAAUUUCAGAGAUGUUCUAGCUGCACGAUAUGACCCGCGACGGGGACAUCCCGACCAUCUUCAAUCCUCGGGGUCGAAACAGAGCGCCCAGCGUGGUAGUUACAGAGGAAGGAGUGGCGAAUGGACCGUUCGCCAACGCCGAUUCGGUGAGCAGCCAGCAGGAAGCGGCUGAACCGCUCUCGCCGGCUCCUCCGUGCGGUUUCACCGGGAAACUCAAGUCGUGCUCCACGUCGUUUUGCUCAAAAUCAGCUCGAAAGAUCUACUUUGGAAUAUGGGUGACAGUGUGCGUGACGGCUUCAUGGGUGGGUGCAACGCAUUGCAUCAAGUAUCUGUAUCUGAAAAGACCGAAAGAUUCAGAUACAGAUGCGGAGCCCGUGCUGAUCCCACACGACACAAGUGGAAUCAAUAUGACUUUGGUGCAAACCAUAUACACGACUUCUUACCAGGCCCCGUUCUUUACUACUUGGUUCGUGACCAACUGGACAAUGCUGUUUUUUCCUCUUUAUUUCCUCUGCCGCCUGAGCAACCGGCGAUGCCAGUCGAUAUCUGAAAUCCUCUCUGAGAGCAUUAGGGACUUCAGGGAUAAAGGUUUCACUGCCGUGAGAUUCAUGACGAGAUGCAGUCUAUUUUGUAUCCUUUGGGUGGGGACUAAUUACAUGUACAUACUAUCCUUAAGGAUCCUUCUUGCGACUGACGUCAUGGCUCUUUUUGCUACUAAUGUCUCCUUUGUGUACUUACUCUCCUGGGUCAUCUUGCAUGAGCAGUUCGUUGGAAUCAGAAUAAUGGCUGUGAUAAUUUGCGACACCGGCGUAGCUUUACUUGCGUACAUGGACGGCAUUACUGGCAGCCCAACCCUCGGAGGAGUCGUUCUGGCCACAUCUGCUGCAGCUGGCUCAGCUGUAUACAAAGUGUUGUUUAAGAAGGUGAUAGGAGAUGCAACCUAUGGUCAGGUUGCGCUGUUUUUCUCGCUCAUUGGGAUGCUAAACGCCGCUUUCUUGUGGCCGUUGUGCUUGGGAUUGUUUCUAAUGGGAAUCGAGACUUUGCAUUGGAACAUGCUACCUUGGCCGGCGUUGUUAACAUCAAGUGUUCUUUCUCUAGUUGCCAAUUUAUUGGGUAAUUUUAGUGUAGCUCUAACCUACGACUUAUUUAUAACGUUAGGACUUAUAACAGCCGUCCCUGUCUCGGCAGCCCUGGAUGUGGUACUAUAUGGUGCAAGCUUCGAAGGAAUGAAAUUAGCGGGAAUGAUUCUAAUAGGUGUAGGAUUCUUUCUAGUCAUGUUCCCAGAUAAUUGGCCUGAUUAUAUUACUAGGCUCUUGAGAAAUAUCAUUAUGUUGAGCCACAGUGCGAGAUGGAGCAGGAGAAGUCGUCACGGAUCCAACGCUCCUCGUAGCCACGUGGUCGACUACAGAACGGGCUACAUACGAUCGCAUUUGCGUUCUCCAUCGGGCAGAGUACGGUGACCUAGUCAAUCGUCGGAUAUAUCUCAGUAUGGCGACACAUUCGUCUCGCCCUUUUAAGAGCAAGUGAUUGUAGUCCUAGAUCAAUAUUAAAUCAAUCUCUACAGAAUUCUAUCAGAUUCAUAGACUAGAUUUUCGAAAAGACGUUGAUAAAACUAAUAUAAAGUCAUUACUUGUAACUUUUAGACAAGACGCAGUUUGACUUUGGUGUAGACUAACGUGUUGUAUCUAAUUCUAUGAACUCAUAGAGGUAUUAUCUAUCAAACCCUUAGAUGAGGCUCUUUGUGAAAAGAGUCUCUAGCCCUUACUUAAUACGCCUUAAUAAAUUUAAUUAAGAAAAGGCACGUAUGUACUAUACAAAAUACAAACUGAUUUGUUCUAACACCAACCCUUUUAAAAUAUACUAUAAAUAGGUCGACUUUCUGACAUAUUCGUUUAGUUCUUCGUAUGGAAAAACCUAUAAUAAGCGGCAUAUAGGUACAUAUUUCUUGUUAUAUUACAUAUCUUGAACUAUCUCUUAUCCUUGUACAUAAAUUUGUAUUUGCUAUCUAACAAUCUCUCCUGUUAAAUCAUGUUGAAUCUAUAUGGUGCCGCAUAUUUUGUAUCACAACUAAAAGACAAUAUAAAUGUUCGGAAAUAUAAAGAUAGAGGGUAAAAAUGAAAUUCCUACUCUAUUAAUACCUUCAAUAAAGCUAUAGUAAUGAAAACUACUGUUUUAUUAGUAGAAAUGUAAUUCUUUUACUAAAAGUAUAAAUAAAUUAUUAACUUGG